GCAUCCGUUCAAACUCUUACGUUUAUGAAAGAGGAGACCGAGAGGGGAACGUGGCCUCAAGGUCACAUGGAGAAUUAUGUGAGGGCAGGGACCAAAAUUCAUACUCACUGUUUCUUCAUUUCUCGUUCAAAACAUCCUGCUACCCAGUGACACUUGAUCUUCAGUGAAGAAGGGAAAGGUGAAGAAAUCGUGUCUCCUUGGCUUCUGGCCAGUAUAUAGAAAAGCAGUGGAAAAGAAUGAGACCUCAGGACGUGUGCCGAUCGGCUUAGGGGGCGGCUGUGCGGACGUUAGCCCACCCCCAUUGUGAGGUGCAGAGACAGGGAUUAUACGGAGUGUGAACAGAGUGUGCGGAUGCUUCCACCAAGUGCCGAGAGAACCCGUCUGGGCCCCUAAGCUCGGACGUGUGCGGCCGAGACAGCAGGCGCCCCCGGAGCCCGGAGCGUGGCCGUGGCCGUGGCCCGAGGGGUGGGCGGCUCAGGGGCCCGAACCCGGCAGGAGGCGCAGCUUAGUGCUCGGUCUCAUCCCCAGUGGGCUGUGACUCCUCCUUGCCUGAGCUCGUUUUUCCCUAAUUUAGGUGCUUUUCUCCUGUCUAAAUCCCCUUCCGCUCUCCUCCUGGGGUCGCUUGUUGGCCCUGCCUUGGGCUUGUGUCCCCUGAAAAUCCGAGUCCCCUGGAGAGCUUCCUGUGUGGCAACAGCCUCUCACUUCUGCCGGCUGCUUGCGAUUGUCUAAUCAGAGCCACUUUUGUAGAAAUCUCCUCUCCUUUUGAGUCAUUUCCCUUGUCGGAGUCACAGUUAUCUCCCAUUGAACUUGUUUCUCAAUUUCAAGAAAUAACUUGUAUUACUUUCUCGGAUUCUAAAGCAUGUAAGUGUUGUUGGGGAGAUUUAAAUAUAUAAAGAAGAAAAUAAAGUCCACAAAUAGUGUAAUAAUGUAAUACAGGAGAAAAUCACUAUCAACAGGGGCAUAUUUCUUUUCAGUUUUUCUUUUUCAGAGUAUCUAGAUUUGUUUUUAUCAACAGGGACAGCCCGCGGCUUAGCUGCUUGCGCUCCUGGAGCCUAGGGACACGUUGUGGUGGCCCUGCCCACCCUGUCCCCAUGUGCUCCCCGCAGACGGCUUCCCCGGGUCCUGCCCCUCGCCCUGGCACCUGGGGGGUGCAGGGGUGCUGCCCCCAUCUGCAGAGCCUGCCGGCGCAGCGGCCUUGGAAGGCCGGGGGUCCCUCAUGGUGGGACUGCAGGCAGAAGCGAGGAAGCCACCUGCAAGGUAAGUGAUGAAGUCACAGCUGUUGGCCUUUGCUGACUCACCCUCCCGCCUCUCAAAAGCCCCGAGGCGUGCAAUGGGGUGAGGUCGCGGAUUCCUCACGCAGCUCCCUCUUGGACUGAGGUGAGUCUGCACCAGCCUUCCUCUUGUCAUGUCCUUCUGUGCUGGGAGAUGAGUUUUCCAACAAGACAGAUCACAGACCUAACCAGGCACUUUCAUUUCAGCAAAAUUCUGAUUCUAGAAAUCAAGAUAAAUUAGCCGAGAAAAUAAACUGCCUCCCAAUAAAGUUGGUACAAUUGAAUUAAUAUUUCAGAUACAAAUCAAAUAAUAAUUACACUAAAAAUUUAACAUUUCUAUGGGGCUCUGCAUGGUUUCAAGCAUAUUUUAUGAGCAUGUAAUUCAGCCUGAUGUGAGCGGCCUACUGUGCGUUGGAAGUGAGGAGGCCCCGGACCUGGGGGGUGAUGCUUUCUGCCCCCUUGGGUGGGAACCUCUGCACAGGGGGAGACAGGACCCGGCAGGGGAGGAGGUGGCCUGGGAUGUGGCCCGGGCCUGCAGGGGCUGGAGGGGCGGGGACGGGGUGGCCAGAGAAGUGAGAGCUCGUGCGUCAUCCCGGCUGUGACCCUACAGCUGUGCAACUGUGGGCACUUCCUGGGUGGGUCAAUGGCUGGAGUCUCGGUGGGACGACGGCUGGGGUCCUCCCAGGCCUGGCCAUCGGCUUCGUGCCCGGGCUCCUGGCUCCAUGGGCUCAGCACUGGGCUCACCCGGCUUCUGCAGAACCUUCCCCGUGGCAUGCGCGAUCAUCACAGAUGUGUGCCAGUCUCUGUGCUGCUGCUUCAUUGCUUCAAUGGCAAAUUUGAUUUGUCAUUCAGAGUAUAAAUAGAAAUAAAUUCCUCUCCAAGUACAGAAAUAUGUAACAGUAGUUGAUAAAUCAGAAGGAAAUGACCGUUUUUGCCCCAUCUGUUGAGUGAUUAUGACUCAGCCUUGUUUUCUAGAAAGCUUGAUGCUCAUGAAGGACCAGCUGGGCCCCUGACUGCCCCCGAGAAGAGGAAGUUCGGGUUUCUGAGUCUCAGAGGCUGGACUGUCACUGGAGCAUUUGAUAAGAAAACGAACAUCCAAGGAAAGAAAUGUGAUCCUAACUCCUUUUCUGUGCUUUUCCCUCCGUAGGGUCUUUGUCCCCAUUCGGGGACUGUGGCUUCCCUGGGAAAGGGCCUGAACCCCGGGGGGACGGGCCGAGGGGACCCUGCGUUCCCACAGUGCACGGCCGGCAUGGCGAGCUGCUUCCCGCUCAGGGGCCACAGGCAGAGGUGCGGGGCGGGGGUCGCCAGCUGCCCUCCAGGAGCUCAUGGCCUGUGGGGAGACGCGGGACGGUAACGGGAGGCAGGCAGGGCAGUGACCGGGGACCCUUCCCAGGGCCUGUCCCGCGUCUUGGAGUUGGAUCUGGGCCGCGGAGCUGACGUCCAGGCCGAGGCCGUGCGGUGAGCCUGGUGAGGCCGGGCGCCCGUCAGGCCGGCUCCGCCGCUUUAAGAGCCCUGGUCACCUCAUCUGGAAAAGGACAGUAGCUUUCCCUUCACGGUUUUCAGGGUUGAAUGAGAGGGCAGCUGGGGUUCGGUCCCUUCCCUUCCUCUGCGCAGCUGCCCCUCCUGCCAUCCGGCCCAGGUUCGCUGCAGGGACGUCGCAGGCGGCCAACGCCCAGUGCCGCCAAAGGAGCUCCCGGUAGAAGCAAACCUGUUGCCCACCUGGGGUGUGGUGGCAAUUACCAAGGUGGUCGGUUUGCUCAUUCCCUCAUCCUUUCAUUCACGUGAGUGAGGGUCUUUGCUCCAGGGGUGAACUUGCAACUGGGACGGCGGCUGGUCCCGUGUGGCCCUAAUACCCCGGGUAUCCGUCCUGGGAGAGAAGCCUCACCCUGUGGGUGGGCAUGGUGUCUGUGGUGGGCACGGUGCCUGCGGUGGGCGCUGUGUCUGUGGCGGGCACGGUGUCUGCGGUGGACACGGUCCCUGCGGUGGGCACGGUCCCUGUGGUGGGCGCGGUGUCUGUGGUGGGUGCGGUGUCUGUGGUGGGCGCGGUCCCUGCAGUGGGUGCGGUGUCUGUGGUGGGCACGGUCCCUGCAGUGGGUGCGGUGUCUACGGUGGGCGCGGUGUCUGCGGUGGGCACGGUCCCUGCGGUGGGCGCGGUGUCUGUGGUGGGCACGGUCCCUGCGGUGGACAUGAUGUCUGUGGUGGGCACGGUCCCUGCGGUGGGCGCGGUGUCUGUGGUGGGCACGGUCCCUGCGGUGGGCGCGGUGUCUGUGGUGGGCACGGUCCCUGCGGUGGGCGCGGUGUCUGUGGUGGGCGUGGUCCCUGCAGUGGGCGCGGUGUCUCUGGUGGGCACGGUCCCUGUGGUGGGCAUGGUCCCCGUAGGUGUCUGCGGUGGACACGGUCCCUGCGGUGGGCGCGGUGUCUGUGGUGGGCACGGUCCCUGCGGUGGACAUGGUGUCUGUGGUGGACACGGUCCCUGCGGUGGGCGCGGUGUCUGUGGUGGACACAGUCCCUGCGGUGGGCGCGGUGUCUGCGGUGGGCACAGUGUCUGCGGUGGGCACGGUCCCUGUAGGUGUCUGGGGUGGACACGGUCCCUGCGGCGGGCGUGGUGCGGGCCUUUAGAGGUGCUGGGGCGCGUGACCGUGUCUAGACGUCAGGGGAGGGCCCUGAGCAGCAUGGAGGGUGGGACGUGUGGGGUGUCGGCAGAUGAAGCUGCCGGUGGGCACAGGGGACGAGUCCAUACGGGGCGCUGGGGCGGCGUGUGCUCGGACCCUGGAGCUGGGAGGACCGGGGUGUGUCAGAGAAGCGGGGAGAAGCUCCGAGGGCAGGGAAGGGGUGUGAGGCGAGGGGUCGCGGCCCACCAGGCAGCCCGCAGGGCUUUGCUUAACGUGAAGGCAGCUCCGCGGAGUCUCUCGCAGGGACCGAGGGGGGUGUUUUGA